GGUCCAAGAAGGAAUAAAUCUAUUUUUAAUGUCCCCUAGGAUAUUAAUUCUAAGGGAUCAACUUUUGUCCUCCUCAGAUCCUUUGGAAAAUUUUAACAAAAUAGUGAAAGAAAUCAGGCCUCUUGUGGUUAGCUCCCACUCAGCUAGACAGCCAAAUCAAGGCUGGUUUGAUGGGCAGUGUCCUGCUCACAAACGUAUCCUAUCAAGAGCUAUCAGGAAAUUAAGGAAAGUGGACUCUUUAGAAAACUUUAACUCCUACAUACCAUCUCCGUAGGGAGUAUAAAAAUUUGCUGCGCUCUAAAAAGGAUAAUCACAUACGCCAGCUGUGGAUGGACCUAGGUUUGGCAACCGUGGAAAAGAACUCAGCUAGAUUUUGGACCUUGGUGACAAAAGGGAUAAAAGGGAGAGCCAGCUCCAUUGACAAUCAAAUUACUUCAUCACAAUGUCACUUCCAUUUACUGGUCCAAUUUAUGGUGGACUCCGAGAUGGGCUGAAGGUGUUGGUUUCUGGAAGUGUUCUUACAUCCUGUAAAAGCUUCUGUAUCAACUUCCAGUGUGGCCAGUCGACUCGACCCGACAUCGCUUUCCACUUCAACCCACGAUUCACUGAGGCUUGCGUGGUGUGGAAUUCAUUUGAAAGAGGGAGUUGGCAGCAAGAGGAGAGAAACCACGACAUGCCUUUCUACAAAGGGCAAGCGUUUGAAAUCCAGUUUCUUGUGAACAGCACCUCCUACCAGGUUGUUGUGAACGGAAAGCAUUAUGUGGACUUCAAACACAGGAUCCCCAUUUCCAAAGUGGACACCAUCGGGGUCUCAGGGGAGCUGGACAUGGCUUCCAUUAGCUUGCAAGGGUCUUCUUUUCCAGACGUGUCGGCACCUGGAUCAGGACCAGUUAUGGCCAGUUCUCCUUACCAGACCAAUAUGACUUACCUGCCUGGGCCAGCCUGUCAGCAAAAUGCUGUUUUUCCACCUGGACCGUACUUUCAGACCCAAACUUACACUGUGCCUUAUCGAGCUUCAAUCUUUGGAGGCCUUUACCCAUCCAGAAAUAUUGUACUGUCAGGAACUGUCUCUCCUGAUGCUUGCAGGUUCCACAUCAACCUGAAAACAAGCAGCAAUAUUGCUUUCCAUUUAAACCCACGCUUCCACGAGAAUGUGAUUGUCCGAAACACAAACCAAUAUGGGCGCUGGGGAUCGGAAGAGCGGGAUCUGCCCUCGGGGAUGCCUUUGUCCCGUGGCCAGAACUUCACAAUCUGGAUUCUGUGUGAGCAGCAGUUCUUCAGGGUAGCUGUGAAUGGCCAACAUCUGUUUAAUUACAACCAUCGUGUUUCUAACCUGCAGCAGAUAGAUCAGCUCGAGGUGGAGGGUGAUGUAACACUGAGCAAAGUCCAGGUUUAAAGCAGCAAACCUUUCUUGCGAAACUGUUUUGCAUCAAAAAGUGAAGGGUUUUUUUUCCUAUGCGUGUGUGCAAUUUUUACAAAAUACUCUGCACUCUUUUUUUUCCCUUCCAGAAAUGUAACCAAAGUCUUAGUCAAAGUGCUUCUUUGUCAGUUUCAUAAAAACCAGCUUUUUUGUGUGUACGUUUUUGUGUGUCUGCACGCUGUCUCUUAAGUAGGUCUAGUGCACCCUCAUGAGCUGUUUUAACUGUCUUCUAGAGCAAAUGGUUUGCUUAAAGUGACCUGAUAUGAUUUCUGUCUAUGUAGCGUGGUGGAAAAACCGCUGUCUUUCAGGGCAGCUGCUGGAAAGUACUGGAGUGAGGAGGCGCUAUGGCUUGGAAUGGCUAUUUCAAAGUAGAGCAAUGGACGUGUUCAGAAACAAAAUGUUGACAGAACCCUGCUAGGACUGUACCACUUCAGAAUGCAAGAGGGGAACAGGAAGCAUGCAUUUGGAAUCUUGCCCUGCAUUGAGUAAAGGGCUGGGGUACGAUUAGCCUAGAUGACUUCCAAGGCCCUGUCCAACUCUAAAAUUCUGUGAUUCCCCGCCUGUAGAAAGCAAGUGUCUGAGGGAGAAGUCUUAUCCUGUGUCCUGCACUCUGGAAUGAUUGAGAAGAGAUCCUGGCCCUCUGCUGUGUGGAAACCUUUCAAGUACUUGAAAAGUGCUAUCAUAUCUCCCCUCAGUCUUCUCUUCUCAAGGCUAAACAUACUCAGUUCUUUCAGUCUCUCCUCACAGGGCUUUGUUUCCAGUACCCUGAUCAUCCUUGUUGCUCUCCUCUGAACCCAGUUUGUCUGCAUCCUUCUUAAAGUGCGGUGUCCUGAACUGAACACAGUACUCAAGAUGGGCCUAACCAGUGUCAAAUAGAGGGGAACCAAUACUUCACGCGAUUUGGAAACUAUACUUCUGUUAAUGCAGCUUAAAACAGCAUUUGCCUUUUUUGCAGCCACAUCACAUUGCUGGCUCUUAUUCAGCUUGUGAUCAACAACAAUCCCAAGAUGUUUCUUGCAUGUAGUAUUGCUGAGCCAAGUAUCCCCCAUCUUAUAACUCUGCACUUGGUCUGUUGUCUGUUAGCAUCAAAGUAUACUUUAAGCUGGAGGUUGCUUCAAGCGGAGACCAUCUUCCCAGCUGCCACAGAAAUUGUUCAAUCUUGCUAAAUCUUCCUGUCUGUACUGUUUUGAAAGUUCAGGAAGACCUCUAAACUGGGAAGUCCCUGUGGAGAGGAUUAAUCAAGAUGCUGAGGAAAGUGGCUUCUCACCGUUUGACCUGUGCUUUAAUUUUAAAAGCUGGUUUGCUGACCACGGGCUGCGUGUACAUUUAUCAUUCAAGAGAAUUUGCUAGCUGUUAUUCCCUGAGGCGUUUGCUCACUGCAAACUCUCAUAGGCAAGGCUGUUUAAAAAAAAAAUAAGCAAGGUUUUUAACAGGUUAAUCCCGUGGGCACACCAGGACCAAGUUCUAAAGUUUCACCAGAAACAAGCUUGUUUCCCCACAUCCGUGUAAGGCUGUGAAUAAACUAACCAAGUUCUAUAUGUA